CGCCGGCCGCUGCGUGCUGGGCUCGCUCGCACAAAGCCGCUCGAUCGGGGCUCCGCACGGCCGGUACGCGCCACGCGCACUCGUCGGGUGUCGGAGGAGCAAAAGGCCCGGUGCGGCGGGCUGAGGGCGCCGUUCGGGCGGGCUGAGGGCCCCGGGUCGCGGGGACUACAUGGCGGAGCGCGGAAGGCGGGGGCCGAGGCGGGCGUGCUUGCGCGCCGUGCCCGUGUGUUGGCUGAAUGGAGGAGCGACUCUUCCUGGAGAACAAACAGUGACAGCUACAGGGCACACACCGACACCCGCCUCGCAGCGCGCCCACAGCCUCUCCUCGACCGCCGAACGGCCCCGAAAUGGCUGCUGACGGCGCCCAGGUCGGCCGGCUGGCGUCCGAGCUCUACUUCCUAAUCGCUCGCUUUCUGGAAGCCGGACCGUGCGAGACCGCCGCCCAGACGCUCAUCAGAGAAGUGGAGGAGAAGGAGCUGCUGCCCAAGCGGACCGACUGGACGGGACGGCAGCACCGCGGCUCCUACGACGAUUUGGUGAAGCAGUAUGCCCACAUUUCCCCGGACCACCUGCUACGGAUCUGCGAGGCUGUCGGGCCGCUGCUGGAGAAGGAGGUUCCCGCCAGCGUCCCGGGGGUCCAGUCGCUGCUGGGGGCCGGCCGGCAGUCGCUUCUACGGACCAACAAGAGUUGUAAGCAUGUGGUGUGGAAGGGCACCGCACUUGCUGCCUUACACUGCGGUAGACCCCCUGAGCCCCCUGUCAUUUAUGGAAGACCUCCGAACAUUGUGGAGACCAUCCAUGGAAGGCGGCUGAAUGGAAAGUACCGGCUGGGCCAGCUGGUCCCCACUGCAGUCUACCAGCACAUGAAAAUGCACAAGCGGAUCCUUGGUCACCUGUCCUCUGUCUACUGUGUCACCUUUGACCGCACAGGCCGGCGGAUCUUCACAGGCUCGGAUGACUGCCUGGUAAAGAUUUGGGCGACGGAUGACGGUAGACUGCUGAGCACACUGCGUGGCCAUGCAGCCGAGAUUUCCGACAUGGCUGUCAACUACGAAAACACCAUGAUCGCCGCUGGCAGCUGUGAUAAAAUGAUUCGUGUGUGGUGUCUGCAGACCUGUGCCCCGCUGGCAGUGCUGGACGGACAUGGCGCCUCCAUCACCUCCCUGCAGUUCUCUCCGUUGUGCAGCGGAACGAGGAGAUACCUGUCCUCCACCGGGGCCGAUGGCUCCAUUUGCUUCUGGCAGUGGGACCCGAGGACAAUGAAGUUCAGCCCACGACCCAGCAAAUUCACAGAACGUCCACGUCCUGGAGUCCAGAUGAUUUGCUCCUCUUUCAGUGCUGGGGGUAUGUUCUUGGCUACUGGAAGCACGGAUCACGUCAUUCGCGUGUACUUCUUUGGGUCUGGGCAGCCUGAGAAGAUAUCAGAGUUAGAAUCACAUACUGACAAAGUGGACAGUAUACAGUUUUCAAACUGUGGUGAGCGAUUUGUCAGUGGUAGUCGAGACGGCACAGCCCGGAUAUGGCAGCUCCAUCAGCAGGAAUGGAGGAGCAUUCUUUUAGACAUGGCCACCAAGCUGCCGGGGAGCAACCCCCCAGCUCUGGAAGACAAAGUAACUAAACUGAAAGUUACGAUGGUUGCCUGGGAUCGUCAUGACAACACGGUCAUCACCGCAGCAAACAACCUGACACUGAAAGUUUGGAACUCUUACACAGGAACCUUGAUCCAUGUCCUCAUGGGCCACGAAGAUGAGGUCUUCGUACUGGAGCCGCACCCUUUCGAUCCCCGUGUGUUGUUCUCCGCCGGCCAUGAUGGGAAUGCCAUUGUGUGGGACCUGGCUAGAGGAGUCAAGAUCCGCUCUUACUUCAAUAUGAUCGAGGGCCAGGGCCACGGCGCCGUCUUCGACUGCAAAUGUUCCCCGGAUGGGCAGCACUUUGCCUGCACCGACUCCCACGGCCACCUGCUCAUCUUUGGCUUUGGCUCUAGCAGCAAAUACGACAAGAUUGCAGAUCAGAUGUUCUUCCACACUGACUACAGGCCGUUGAUCCGCGAUGCCAACAACUACGUGCUGGAUGAGCAGACCCAGCAAGCACCUCACCUCAUGCCCCCUCCCUUCCUGGUGGACGUGGACGGGAAUCCCCACCCCUCUCGCUUCCAGAGGCUGGUGCCCGGCCGCGAAAACUGCCGGGAAGAGCAGCUCAUCCCUCAGAUGGGGGUCACGUCCUCAGGGUUGAACCAGGUGCUGAGCCAACAGGCAGGUGAUGGCUCAAGUCCCCUAGACAGCAUGAUCCAGAGACUGCAGCAAGAACAGGACCAGCGAAUGUCUGGGGAACCAGGGAGCAGCGGGACAAGCAGAGCCAGCAGAGGUUCUGUAAGUUCUCCUACAGAGGUGCAUUCCCCACCCAAUGUGGGGCUGCGUCGCAGUGGGCAGAUCGAAGGUGUGCGGCAGAUGCACAGCAACGCACCCCGGAGUGAGAUGGCCACCGAGAGGGACCUAGUGGCCUGGAGCCGCCGUGUGCUGGUUCCCGAGCUGCCCCCAGCCAUUGCAAGUAAACAGGAGGCAUGGAGAGCUGCUAGAGGUGAGGAAGAGAUCAAUAGCUACAGGUGGGAGCGACGGCGCCGAUCCCUUGCCAGCCAUCUUCACCGUGAGACCAAAGCCUUCUCCCCACGUUCUGCACCUGAGGCGCCUGCUGACGAGCCUCGCAGACCACAGGCCAAUCAGCACAGCUACCACACACGGGCUGCUGUAGAGGAGAACAGCCGGCAGAGUGAGCCUGUCGAAGAUGACAGCUCCUCAGAGGGUGAAGAGGAUGUGCGGCCUCCCAGUGGAGACACAUCUGAUGAGGACAAGGAAGAGAAGGAACCCUGGCCAGAUGACAACAGCAGCUCCAGUGAUUAUUCCAGCGAGUACUCUGACUGGACAGCUGAUGCCGGUAUCAACCUGGAGCCACCAAAGAAGACAGUUCGACACAAGAAGAAGACUGCCAGCAGCUCCGAGGAGGAUGGGGAGAAGAAGAAAGAUGGCAAAAAGGACAAGAAGAAGGACAAAAGGGAGAAAGACAGCACGCUACCAAAGAAGAAGAAGGCCAAAGAGAGAAUGAAGAGGCUGCCUGUGGGUGAAUUCCAGGAACAGGGCCUUACAUUGGAGGAGUGGCUGCCUUCAGAUUGGAUCACCGCCACAGUUCCCCAGAGAUGUCCUUUCAAUCCGCAGAUGGGUGACGAGGUUUACUACUUUCGCCAGGGCCAUGAAGCCUAUGUUGAGAUGGCCAGGAAGAACAAGAUCUUCAGCAUAAACCCCAAGAAACAGCCGUGGCACAAGAUGGAGCUCAGAGAGCAGGAGCUGAUGAAGAUUGUGGGCCUCAAAUAUGAGGUGGGGCUGCCAACGCUGUGCUGCUUGAAGCUGGCCUUCCUGGAUCCUGACACAGGCCGCCUCACCGGAGGCUCUUUCUCCAUGAAGUACCACGACAUGCCUGAUGUGAUCGACUUCUUGGUCCUGCGGCAGCAGUUUGAUGAUGUCCGUCACCGACAGUGGAGAAUAGGUGACCGCUUUCGGUCCGUUAUUGAUGACGCUUGGUGGUUCGGUACUAUCGAGAGUCAGGAGCCCUUCCAGGCGCAGUACCCUGACAGCUUGUUCCAGUGCUACAAUGUGUGCUGGGAUAAUGGAGACACAGAAAAGAUGAGUCCCUGGGACAUGGAGGUCAUCCCCAAUGAUGCUGCACGUCGGACAUCAGGGAGCUCAGCUGUGUUCCCAGAGGAGCUGGGCAUGAGUGUACCCCUCACCGAAGAGGAGCACCACGAGCUGCUAUAUGUGCCACUGGAGGGCGAGUGGGGUUCACGCACACGUGAUGCCGAGUGUGAACGCAUCAUUGCAGGGAUCAACCAGCUCUGCACGCUAGACAUUGCAGCACCCUUUGCUUACCCUGUGGAUCUGCAUGCGUAUCCCACCUACUGCACUGUGGUAGCCUACCCAACAGACCUCAGUACCAUCAAGGAGAGGCUCGUGAACCGCUUCUACAGGCGGAUGUCCUCUUUGAUGUGGGAGGUGCGCUACAUUGAGCACAACGCCCAGACCUUCAAUGAGCCGGGGACACCCAUCGUCAGAGCAGCCAAAUUCGUGUCAGACUUAAUGCUGCAGUUCAUCAAGGACCAAAGUUGCAACGAUAUUAUUCCCUUGUAUAACAGUAUGAAGAAAAAAGUGUUCUCAGACACAGAGGACGAUGAAGAGGACGAGGAGGAUGCAGACACUCCUGGAACAUCCACAAGGAAGAAAAAGGAGCACAAGCCCAUGCUGAGGAAGCUGCGGAACAAGGCCCAAUCUUAUGACAUCAAGGCCUGGAAGAGCCGCUGCAAAGAGCUGCUGGACCUCAUCUUCCAGUGCGAGGACUCUGAGCCGUUCCGGCAGCCUGUGGACCUGCAGCAGUACCCGGACUACAGGGACAUCAUCGACACACCCAUGGACUUCGGCACCGUGUUGAAGAGGUUGCUGGAUGGGGACUACGAGGCUCCCGUGGACCUGUGUAAAGAUGUCCGGCUCAUAUUCAGUAACUCCAAGGCGUACACACCCAGCAAGAAGUCCCGGAUCUACAGCAUGAGCCUGCGUCUCUCGGCGCUCUUUGAAGAGCAUGUGUCUGCCAUUCUGUCGGACUACCGUUCCGCCCACCGCUUCCACUCUGCCAACAAGCUGACGAGGCAGCGCAUGAAACGCCACCGCAGCACCUCUCCAUCCAGCAGCACUGCCUCCAGCCCAGAGCGGAAACGGCGCUCAUCCAGGGUCAUUCAGUCCUCGGCUUCUAGCGUUCCCACCCUGUCGCAGGCACCCUCUCGGCCCCCAGCCCUCAGACAGAACGUGCCCCAGGUGAACGGAAGGGCGGAGCCCCUGGCAGCAGUCCGCACCCGCAGCGCAACACGGCACGAAAACCACGCUCUUACGGAGCCGACGUCAGCAUCCACCAGUGCUGCGUUGUCCACACGCAGUAAACCAGUGACCGAGACGCCCUACAAGCAACUCAGAGCACAUAACUCUACUUCCUCACCCAGUUUCUCCAGCGACAGUGACUACACCAGGGGCUCCUCGCUGACCACUGAUGACUCCAGGACGCCAACACGGCGGACCUUGAGGCUUCCAUCACUUCGUCAGCCAGUGACCCCCCAGCAAAGUCCUGUCUCACACAACAGCGUCCAGCUGAAUGGCCACAGCAGUCACAUGAGCCUGGGUUUGGGCAGGAGGGGCCGGAGGCCCAAGGCAGAGGCACCGGUGCAGGUGGAAGUAGUUAACAAGCUGCCAGGCAAGAAGCGUGGCCGCAAGAGCAAGAAGGAGCUGGAGGCGCUGCGGGGGGUGCAGCGAUGGAACAACACGGAAGUGGAGGUUGAGCCAGAGCUUUCUGCGGAGCUGGAGCUGGAACCUGAGCUGGAGGAGGAACGAGACCAUUCUGCCAGCGAUGAAGCUGGAAUUACCUCCUCGCCCACAGAGGGUAGGGCAGGGCUUAUGGACUUGGGGCGCCCCCGCCGGGGCAGGAAGCCCAAGAUUCUGAAGUCUCCCGAUAAAGUCGUGCCCUCGCAGGACUCCUCCGGCCCCAGGGUGCUCAGGAGAAGCAGCCGCCGGCACAAUGAGGAGGCGCCGACGCCCCCCGCCCCACACGGGGACCGCAGGGCGACGGAGCGCCUGCCGCUGCAGCCGGAGGAACAGGAGGCCGAGACGGCUGCCAAGACACCCAUGAAGACCCGGAACCAGGGCCGCAGGACAGCCUUCUACAAUGAGGAUGACUCUGAGGAAGAGCAGAGGCAGCUGCUCUUUGAGGAUGCCUCCAUCACCUUCGGCACAUCCAGCAAAGGCAGGGUACGCAAGCUGACUGAGAAAGCCAAGGCGAACCUGAUCGGCUGGUGAGGGGGACCUCGGGCUGCCCUGUGCUGCCCAGGUCAAAACACGCCUGUGACACUUGCUGCUAACGCGGUGCUUUCAGUGAACUGAGGCACGGGACCAAAAUGACUCCACGGUGCAGAUCUCGUGACGCCCUCCAUCGCAAUCGCUGCACCUCCAGGUGCUCGCUGCAGCGUGAGGUUCCGCUGAAUUUCAGAUACCAACACUCCAUCUGAGCAACACUGACAUGUUUUGCUUUUCCGUGAUGAGACGUGUGUAGCGAGUCACUGCUUGUGUGGUACAGUGCCCUGCUAUUGGAGACACGGUCACACCGGUUCACACUGGUUCGCCGAGUCCCAAGCGGAACUCGUCGAGUCUCCUGGAUCAGCCACAGAUGUGGAUUCGAACUGCAUCUUUAGACUUUUGGGGUUCUUUUUUCUUUUUUUUUUUUUUUUAAAAGAAAAAAAAAAAAGCUCAGAUUGACUUGAAAAUGUGUCUCUGUGCUUGUCAUCUUUUUUGUAUCGCUCAUGUUUUGUACGGUUUCUACUUGUGCCCGCUGGAGCUGUCUGCGGGCAUUGGUGUGACUUCAGCUUGCUGAGUUUGGUGAAGCAAGCCAAGCCAAGUAAAGCGGGUGAACACCCCCGCUACCCCAACAGCCCAAAUUACUCCAGUUUCACGGUCGACUUAUGGCAGUGCCACUCCCUGUCCUGUUAAUACCGCCUCUGUUGAUCAAAAUUGCCAUUACCUGAAGUGAAUGAAUUUGGUUCUUCUGUUUUUAAUAUAUUUUUGUAGGGUAUUAGAGGUUAACGAGAUUGGCCAUCUACUAGUGUAUUAAUGUACAAAAACUGUAUAAAAUGUGAAAUGACUAUUUUGAGAGAUGUGGUGGUUGUUAGGAUUGCUUUGACACUUAUUUAAGUUGCAUUUUUGUUACUUUUCCCUUCUUUUUAGUCCUCAGUCUUGAGAGAGAACACAAAGGUCUUUAAAUUUAGCAAUAAAUUGUGCCUUUAUAUAAUUUAACGCAGAAGUUAUUUAACUAUUGUUUCUUUUACAUUUAUUUUACUCGGCUAACUACCUUAGUGUCUCCGAUGUUCCCACAGUUCUGAGGGUUGACAUUGCUCAUGUUGCCUGUUCACCUUCAUCGCUCAUUGAUGUGUCUGGAGCUUUAAUCCACAGUGCUGUACAUGCUUCUGUGUGAUGUGUGCAGCCCUUUGCGGAAGAUCACGGAUGGGGGCGAUGCGCCGUCCAUCUGCUCCCAGAGCUUCAUCGCACCCUGACUGCAGUCGUUUGAUGGCAAUGGAUGAUUAUCACAUCUACCCUUUUCCACCUCUCGCCCUCAAACGUUUGUCUUUUAUAAAGGCCUUUGUAGGCACACGGCCACAAGCAGAUGGGUGUGCGCAGAUGUGUUCACGUACAAAGUCCACGCAGGGCGCUCUCUGGCGCACCCUGUCCGCAGUGUCCAGCUGGCACUCUGGGAUUGUGGUGGGACUUGCAAGUGGGUUCAUUAGACCAAUGGUCAUGUUACUCUGACACUGUCUCCUGUGAAAGCCAAAACGGAGUGUUGUCCAUGUCACAUGCUUGUGUUUGUCAGGUAGAGCAAACAGUCACACAGGACUCGUCUAUGACAUCACACCAACAGCGUGCUGCUCCUGCUUUGCAGACCUUGGAGGGUCAGUGUUGGGCGAUGAGCUCUUAAGCACAGGUCCUCUUGCUGGCUUGGACUGCAGCUCUGUUUCGCCCCCAAGUGGUGGAGUUGAGAUCCCAAGGUCUGACAUUUAGUUGUAAUUACCCCAUUUACCACAUUACUGUGCACAUGAGAGUGCUAAUGUUGUAAUUUCUAUGCCUUAUUAGCCUUUGAUUGGGAGCUCUGACUAAAUGAGUAAUAACUAGUUUAGCCACUGUGAACUAUUUAAAAUUACCUUGAAUGGAAAAUGUUUGGUUUUUUUAAAACAUAACACUGUGUAGGAAAGUACAACAGUGACUCAGUAGACAUUCAAAUGAAUGAUUUCCCAAAACCAGACUUGCCAAAACUAUAAUAUGGGAUCCACUUUUCUAUCAGCUAUACAAUGAUGAGGGGAUGAAGCCUGAUGAUGAUGAGUCCUGGAGUGAAAGCCCUACCUGUAAACUGCAGCUGAUGUGGAUUUUUGCAAGUGUCUCAAAACAAAUGCUGGAAUAUUUAAGGUACAAUACAUCCUCUUCUUUUAGCCUUUGGUCAUGUUCUCGACUUUUUGUUUUGGUUUAAAUGCGGUUGAGAAAGAAAAGCUGUUCGCUGAGAGCUGCUGACCCUAUGCUAUUCAGUGCUGGGAUGCUCGUCCUCCAAGAACAGCACUUGAUUUUAAAAAAAGACAAAUCCAAAGAUCGCACGGAGAAUGGCGUUCCACUCUCUUAUUGGCCUGGCUGUGCUGCCCUGGGUUAGAGUUCCUGUUACCCCGCAGUAUCACUCCUUUGCACCUGCUGUGGAGGAACCUUCUUUAUGCUCAGCUCCCCCACUCUCGUAUUCCACGGUGUUUUUUUUUUUUUUUUUUUUUUUUUUUGUGUAUUUUUAUACAAACAAGUGUCCCCUGAUAGACAUUCUGUAUGAUCCAGCUGUUCACAGCAGCUUCCCAGCACUCCACGUGUUCGCUGCAGGUGCAGGAGGGUGGUGCUGCCACCCUCAGGACUGCAAUGUGAAGACAGUGUGGCAGUUUCCCACUGUACCAUGCUGUACCCUGCAGUGAUGCUGUGCUGGUUACAGUGGAAGUGACAUCACCAUAAUCACUGUUGAUGUUGCUCCCUCCACCUGCAGUUUUUCCAUCUGAAACCCCGCACACACGGUCCCACAUUCUCUGGGGUGGAAGAAGGGAUCUCAAGGCAUUUUCCUGUGAAGCAGCAGUUCCCUUUGUCCUUGGAAAAUGUAAAUUCGUAUCAGGAUGACUUUUCAGCAUAACCUGGCCUGUAUGUUUUUCUUUAAAUUUUUAUAUAUAUUUGUAUUUUUUUGGUAACUUUCCAACUCAUGGCCGUUGGGUAUGUGGAAUGAGCAGGGAAAAAAAAGGCUGUUAGCCAGUGCGGUGAAAGGUUGGACGAAAAGGAGUAAAAGAUGAAGGAAGUAAGAGUCUCCGGACACCAGACUUGUGGAGGCUGAGACAGUGAGGACCUUCAUCGCGAUGUCUCGCGAUGGGGAAGGCGAACGUUCAUUUUGCGUAAUGAUGGACAUGGACAUGGCCGUGGCCUUCUGUGGCCACACCGCUGAACCCAGAGCUGCACGGGGUGAUGUCAUUCCAUAAUCUUUAAUCCCCCCCCCCCUUGUUUUAGAGCAUCAAACAUUUGCCAAAGACUGACAUGAUAUUCAAGUGUUUUUCAGCGUGUUUCUGUCCGUGGGAAGACACCCCCACUGGCGAGGGGCCCCCCUGCAUGAGCCCCAGGCCAUCUGUCAGGAGGGGAACCCAUGGAUGACCUAACUUUGCUUUCACCAUGAAAUCAAAGUUAUUACAAGUUAUUGUCAAGCAUAUCAGAUGUUCAUAAUGUACACAUCAGUUGACGCUACGUAGCCAAGAUAUACGCUAUGAAAUACCUAAGGUACAGAUGUCUUUAACUUUAAUAUGCACUUACAAUAUUUGGAGUUUAACACAAUGUUGAUUUAUUAGGCGGAAAGCUGUAAACUAGGUUAACUUCUGUAUUUUUUUUUUUUUUUUUUUUUUUUGUGUUCUUGUCCAUUGGCUGUGGCCGCAUCUGUGGCGAUUUUCCUCAUGUUUCACUGAGCGUUGCAUGGAUCUGUGUGCACUUUGACAGGCAUGUCUGAUGCUGAUGCAGGAGACGUAUUCCCACACACACUCUGUUCAAUGAUUGUGCCUUGUACCCUUCUUGGGUUUCUUUCUGUCCUCACGGUGUGGCUCUGUUACUCGGGGUCUGGUCUGCUUCUGUGGACUCGCGGUGUCGGGAACCCCGGCGACACCUCACACCCAACUCUAACAGCAGACUGUCUGAUUUUAGAGGCGUGCGUUUCUUUUGUAAGUUAUAUUUUUUAUGAACACUGUAGUGCAGUCCUGCUAAUUUUGAAGGACUUCUCUUGAAUGUCUUAAUUUUUUUUCCCCACAAUGUUUUGCUUAUUCCCUGUCAGCGGGUUCAGUGAACCAAAUAGCUUUUUGGUGAGACACUGGAGGCUUAACAUGGUGUAAGUUUGUCUUGUGAUGAGAAACGGUGGUUGAUAUUGUGUAGGAAAACAAAUUAACAUGUAAAUAUUGCUUGUUACAUGUUGUCGCUCUUGUGUACAUCAUAUCCUGUCAUUAUAAGAGCAGCUAUACAGUAGAUAUACUGGUGCAUUUAAUUGUGCUUAAAUAUUUUGACCUGUACUUAUUGCUGUCUAGUUUCUCUCCUUUUAAAACAGACAGACUGCCUGUUAACCUGUUGUACAUGGCCUAGGUAACGGAACCCGGCUCACGGGACUGGUGAGGGGGGGCGAGGCGAAACGGGGUCAGCUUGUCGAACCCUUACUCUUUGUGUCCUACCUGGACGGAACUCGCUGCUUCCAUCUGUCCCGACACGUGUCGCAUCCACACUUUUCUUACUCGCUGUUUGGAACAUUUUGUCCUACUGUUGAGGGGUGGGCUUUCUAUGUUAGUUUGGAUACUUUUAUAAGAAAAACAUGAAAAGGCUUAAAAAAAAAAAAAAACCUCACCUAGAAUGUAUGUGUAGGGAGUACUGCUGUCA